CCCCUUGUGCAAAAGGUGGGGAGAAAGCUCUCCAAGGGAAGCCAGCCUCCUCGCCUGAAAUCCCGGGAACUUCCCGUAAAAGAUGCGGAUGAGUUUCCGAGUGCGGAGCCAUGUGACUCCCCGAGGCUGCCAAUGCCCGGCGCCUGGCUCGGAUUUCAGUCCCAGCGCCUUGCCUCCUUCAGCCAUGUGUCUCCGGAGCAGCGCGGAGGAGCGUUGGGCGCGGAGGGGCGCUUGGUAAAGCGAGUGGGGGGCCCGCAGGAGGACCAAGCAGCCCCAGCAGCCUCGCAUGCUCCCAUUCCCUCGCCAUUACUUCUGCCAGACCCUUGGGGAAGGAUGGGAGCCGGCGCCUUAGCCAUCUGUCAAAGUAAAUCAGCAGUGAAGCUGAAAGAAGACAUGAAAAAGAUUGCCUGCGCACCAUUGAAAGGGCAGAGGGGCAACCCUGGUCGGAGAGUGUUUGGCACAAACCUUCUGGAGCUUCAGCAGCAGGGACUAAGCAAGAAAGGCAUUCCAGAUGUGGUCUGGGAUAUUGUUGAAUACCUGACUCAGCACGGUCUAAAACAAGAAGGGCUGUUCAGGGUGAAUGGCAGUCUGAAAACAGUGGAACAGUUGCGCCUGAAGUACGAGAGCGGAGAGGAAGUGGACCUGGUGGCCGACGGAGACGUCAGCUCAGCUGCCAGUUUGCUGAAACUAUUUCUCAGGGAGCUGCCAGACCGCGUGAUCACUUCUGCGGCACACCCCAAAUUCAUGCAGCUGUACCAAGACACCAGGCAUCAUGGUCUGAAUGUGAACUCUUUAAGAGAACUCUUGAGACAGCUGCCUGAUGUCCACUAUUGCCUACUCAAGUACCUUUGCCACUUCCUGAGAAGAGUUGCUGAGCAUCACUCAGAGAACAAAAUGAACAUUUCCAACCUUGCAACAGUGUUUGGACCAAACUGUUUUCAUGUAUCUCCUGGCUUUGAAGGUAUGAAGGAGCAAGAGACCUGCAACAAAAUUAUGGCUCACAUGCUGGAAAACUACAGUGCCUUGUUCGAGUGGGAACACACGAAGAAGGAAAAUGAAGUGCACCCAUGUGAGGAAUUGUCAAAGAUUAUAUUGGUGAAAGAGGCCAGCUGUAAGCAAAAUCUGCCUGUCAUUCUGACAAGUGUUGAAAGGGAAGCUCCAAAACGAAGUCCAAGAAACAAGAUCACAAAGUGCAAACAAGAAGGUUCUUCUCUGGCAUUUUCGAUGCCGCAACCAAGGCUCUCAGAUGGAAUUCCCCGGGUUAGCAUCCAUUUAACAGACAGUUCGUGUCCAGAGGAGAUGGAUUUAGCAGAUGAACUCUCCUUCAUGAGCAGCACUGCAUUCUUCACCAGCUCCCAAGAGGAUGAAAGGCCUAUGUCACCCUUCUAUCUGAGUGCUCAUGUGCCACAAGUCAACAACAACAGCAUCCCUGCUACUGGAGAGUUUUUAGAGAAGACCAUCAGGUCAGCCGUUGAGCAGCAUCUUUUUGACGUUCAUGGCUCCGGGGGUCAAAGUUCUGAAGACUCUGAAUCUGGGACUUCCUCAACAUCUUCCAAUGUUUCUGCCAGGCAGCGAAGGCGGCACCAUAAAGAACAGGAUGAAGCCCGAAGAACCCGAGAGAGGGAGGUCAUCAAUAAAGAGAAUAUUCCUUCUGGCUUCAGUAGCAUUGAUGAGUGUAUGCUGACAGCCCAAGAAGUAGAAAAACUGCAAGAGAACAGCUCUGGAUACGUAGGAGAAAGAAGCAAACCCAAGCGACAGAAAUCCAGCACCAAACUUUCUGAGCUGAAUGAUAACCAGGAUACUCUUCUGACAAUGGAAGCAUUUGCUCCCCUGAGACCUGUGGACAGAGCAGGACCAGAUGACAACAUGGAAGUGUUUUCAGAAAACAGCAAAGACAGUGAAAGUGAUGGUGACAUAUUCAGACAUUCUCAGUGUUUGACCAUGAAGAUCCAGGAGCAUCCCAGCCUUCCCGAAACCAAAUUACAAAGGAACCAAGACCCUGAUGGCCAGGAAGAGACCUUUGUAUCAGAAGUGCCUCGACUGGACUUGACCGCCUUAUGCAGCGACAACAACAACUGGGAAGAACCGGUCCCUGCUUUCUCCUCCUGGCAGCGUGAUGGCUUAGAUGCUGACGAAGCCCGCCUCUCCCCUCAGGCCGGUCGCCUCAUUCGCCAACUUUUGGACGAGGACAGUGAUCCAAUGUUGUCCCCUCGUUUCUAUGCCUAUGGGCAAAGUCAGCAGUACCUUGAUGACACAGAAGUGCCUCCUUCCCCUCCCAACUCACAUUCAUUCAUGAGGAGAAGAAGUUCAUCUUUGGGAUCCUACGAAGAUGACCGAGAGGAUUUAACACCCGCUCAACUGACUCGCAGGAUUCAGGGGCUGAAGAAAAAGAUCAGGAGGUUUGAAGAAAAAUUUGAAGAAGAGAGGAAAUACCGACCAUCACACAGUGACAAAGCUGCCAACCUGGAGGUGCUGAAGUGGACAAACGACCUUGCAAAGUUUCGGAAGCAGCUGAAAGAGUCCAAACUGAAGAUGUCAGAGGAAGAUCUGGUUCCUGUGAUGCGCCAGAGGAGCAAUACACUCCCCAAAAGUUUUGGCUCGCAACUGGAGAAGGAGGAGGAGAAGAAGCAAGACGUGCCUGAUAAAUCAUCAAAGCCAGCAGUGGAAGCAACUCUGGAAUCCAUGCAAAAGAAACUCCAGGAGAAAAGAGCUGAGGCAAACAGGCCUGAAGACAUUAAGGACAUGACUAGAGACCAGAUAGCCGCAGAGAAAGUAGCUCUUCAGAAAUCCCUCUUGUAUUAUGAAAGUAUCCAUGGAAGACCAGUAACAAAGCAUGAACGACAGAUGAUGAAACCGCUAUAUGACAGAUAUCGUUUGGUCAAGCAGAUCCUCUCAAGGGCCAACAGCAUCCCUAUUAUUGGUUCCCCCUCCAGCAAACGGAGAAGCCCUUUGUUGCAGCCAAUUAUUGAGGGCGAAACUGCUUCCUUUUUCAAGGAGAUAAAGGAGGAAGAGGAUGGUUCUGAGGAUGACAGCAACACGAAACCAGAUUUCACUGUCACCAUAAAAUCAGACUUCAAUGUGAGAAGCUUUUUGGACCAACUGGAAGAUGACACAGAUGGCUUUGUUUCUCCGGUGGAUGACAGGAUUCCUUCAAGAGGUGGCCAGGAUAUGGGGUUGUCAAAUCUUCAUGCUGCAUCUAUGCCAGAACUUGUAGAGCAGCUUCAAGAAGUCAGGGAAGAGAAAAAGAGGAUCAGGAAAAAACUAAGAGAUUUUGAGGAUAAUUUUUUCCGUCAGAAUGGAAGAAAUGUCCAGAAAGAGGACCGUACUCCUAUGGCUGAAGAAUAUAACGAAUACAAGCAGGUUAAAGCCAAGCUGAGGCUGCUGGAGGUCUUAAUCAGCAAAAGAGAUAUUGGCUCCAAGAUCAUGUAAUGAAGGCAAAUUCAACGUAGCCAGUAGGGAUAAGAAGUUGACCAAGCCAAAGGAAUGAAUGCUCAAAGAACUCAACAAGAGCCUUGUACCUUGAGGGCCUUUUUGGCAGCUUUCCCUGGACUGUGGCUCACAGAAGAAGGGGAAGAAGGGUCCCAGCACCUUUCUUUAUACUUGUGGCCUGCUUUUUGCCUCCAGGCUGGUUACUGAAACCAGCAGAAGGUGGAGGAUGAAGGAAUGAAGACAUCCUUCGAAGGCUCUGCCCCAGAAAGUCCUUUGGCUUUGAUCAGCCUGUGACUUGUGAGCUGCUCAGACUGGGUCUGAUUUAUACCUUAUCUAACACAUCACUGCAAAAGAGGCAAAACUAGUUUGAGCUAUCACAGAUCUCCAAAUAAUUGUAAUUGCCAGACCAAUAAAGCACCGGGGUCUGUUUUAAUGAGGAAGGGCUUGCAUUCUGAGAUGAUUCUGUGACGUUUUAGUUUGCCUCACUUUGAAGCCAGAAUUGCCACUUAACUGGAAAGCAAUACGUUGCUAGCUUGGCCUUCAGUGUGACUUUUUUUACACUUUUUUUAAAAAAAACUGUUAGCUUUGUGGAUGUUUUUCCCUUCCUGAAAAGCUAUUUCAGAACUGCUCCUUUGAACAGACAAGAAAAAGAACAUCUGAGGAAGAUGAACCCCUUGGAGAAGUAUUUUUUGAGAUACACAACAGUGGUGAUUUUUGAGUGGAACUGCUCUAAGUACCAAAUGGAUUCCAAUUGUGUUCUGAUUUUCCACUUAGGUUCUGAGGGACCCUGACAGUGAUCAGAAAUGUGAUAAUACCACAGUUCCUCAAUAAUAAGAUCAGCAAUGGCAGGAAAGUUUCUGUGGAAA